AUGUUAAUUGCAGUUAUAACAGACAAUAGAAAUUUAAGCCAUACUGUGAGUGAAGAACGAUUAAUUACUUCCAGUUUCUUGACAUCUUUUGAUGACAUUUGGCAAUGCAAUAGAUUAGAAAAAGGGAUAAACAAACAAAAUGUUCAAUGUAGACAGCAACAGCUGAAAAUCUCUGGAGAAAAAAGUCGAGAAUCUGGACCCUCGCUCAAUCCAUCGUCACUACGUUCUGGGGUCACGAUACAUUCACAGCGAGAGAAAAAAGGUCAGAAAACGUUUACUUCGAAGCGUUUUGAAUAUUAUUGA